AUGCGUUCCGAUGCUCUUGUCUUGUUGAUAUGUGACCCCUCCGUGGUAUACAAAAUGAAGAACAUUGAAUGUACGACAGUGCCCGGGUACUCUGCGAAUGCUUCGUGCUAUUUAAAGGCCCUCAAUUGGAACAAAGCUGUGGCUCAAAUGGACGUGGACCUCGUGAAGCCUUUGUAUAAUAUCUCAGUGCGAAUUCAGCUCUUCAAAAGGGACUACAGCAACAAGUUCCAGCCGUUUCUUAUAGAUGUGACCGUAAAUGUCUGCGAUUUGUUUUCAAGGCGAAGUUUUAUGGCAUAUGGGUUAAUUGUUCUCAAAGUUACAAAGAGAUUUUCAAAUUUUAAUCAUAGCUGUCCUUAUGAUGGUCAUUUAUUUGCACGCGACGCAUAUCUCGACGAAUCGUUUAUUCCAAACUUUUGGCCAUUGGGUCUCUACAAAAUAAACAUCAGUAUAAUGGAAAACUACUUAAGGCCUCCAAAUGGAAAUGUCGGGGUUAUCGUUUGGUAUGUACAGUCUAUGGAGCCAAUCAAAAGGAAGAAAAAUUAG